AUGCUUAAAUUUAAUACUCAAAAGGGGCUGUUUGCUGGUAUAAAACUGAAGAAGAAAAAGAAAGGCGAGAAAGGGUUAACUAUAGCAAACAAGGGUGCACUGGGUAACCAUGACGAAAGUGAUGGUCUUCGCCAUGAGGAGCCGCAUGGACAAGAAGGAGAUGGAGAUUUGAUGCAUGAUGCUGCAUCUUCUUGUGGCUUUGCACCCUCAGCUCCUCUGACUAAAAGAGCAAAACUGGAACACAAAGUUCAUGAAGGGGAGGCAAAGCAUCAGAAUUACCAGAUUGCUAUAACCAUCAUUGAGGCCCGGCAACUGGUUGGUGAAAAUAUCGACCCAGUGGUGAUCAUAGAGAUUGGGGAUGAAAAGAAGCAAACGACAGUCAAAGAAGGCACAAAUGCCCCAUUUUACAAUGAAUAUUUUGUGUUUGACUUUGUUGGACCUCAAGUGCAUUUGUUUGACAAAAUCAUCAACAUUUCUGUUAUGCACAACAAGCUGAUUGGGAGCUUGCUAAUUGGUUCCUUUAAGGUGGACCUGGGGACAGUGUAUAACCAGCCAGGUCAUCAGUUUUGUGAUAAGUGGGCCCUUCUCACAGACCCUGCUGACAUUAGAACAGGAGCCAAGGGAUACCUGAAGUGUGAUAUCAGUGUUGCUGGAAAAGGAGACACGUUACAAGCCACACAGAAAAUAAGCGAUGCUGAAGAGCAGAUUGAAAAGAACCUCUUGAUUCCCAAAGGAUUUCCAUCUGAAAGAGCUUGGGCUAGAUUUUAUGUGAGAAUCUAUAAAGCAGAGGGCCUCCCAAAGAUGAACUCCAGCAUCAUGGCCAACGUUACCAAAGCGUUCAUAGGCGACAGUAAGGACCUUGUGGAUCCAUACGUGGUGGUCAUGUUUGCAGGUCAAAUGGGCCGAACAACAGUGCAAAAAAACUGUGCUGAUCCUGUGUGGCAUGAACAGAUCGUCUUCAAAGAGAUGUUCCCCCCACUGUGCAGAAGAGUCAAAAUCCAGGUGUGGGAUGAAGGCAGCAUGAAUGAUGUUGCUUUGGCCACUCACUACAUAGAUCUGAAGAAAAUCUCAAAUGAACAAGAUGGAGAUAAAGGGUUCUUGCCUACGUUUGGACCAGCUUGGAUCAAUCUCUAUGGUUCAUCCAGGAAUCACAGUUUAAUGGAUGACUACCAGGAGCUCAAUGAAGGAUUUGGGGAAGGAGUCUCUUUUAGGGGCCGCCUUCUGAUUGAAAUUGCUGUGGAGAUACUUUCUGGAGGUGCUCAUGAAUCUACAUUUUCAAAGAUCGUAAAGUUCCCCUCUAAAGAUAAAGACUCCAAAGCAUCUAAAGGAAAAGACAAAACAGACAAAGCAGCAGAGGAUGGAAAAUCUUCCUCUCCUUCAGAUAAGACAAACUCAACCGAGGUGGAAGUUGAGCCAUUCGAUGUGCCGCCAGAGAUCUAUGGAGAGCAGCUUGAGGAAUUUUUUCUCUUUGGGGCAUUUUUUGAAGCCACAAUGAUUGACAGGAAGGUUGGAGAUAAACCAAUAAGCUUUGAGGUUUCUGUUGGUAACUUUGGGAAUGUCACUGAUGGAGGGUCGUUAGGAGCGGGGAGUAAAAAAAAGGGUCAUGAAGGAGAAGAGGAAGAAAGUGCUCCUCUGCUGCCUGAAGGGCAGAGUGAAGCUUCCCCUGAUAUUGCAAUGCCAUUGAUAUCCACAACCCACCCUGAGAAGCCUCUUAUUACAGAAGGAAACAGGAACUAUCACUACUUGCCAUAUGAUGAGAAGAAGCCUUGUAUUUCAGUCAAGAGUUGCUGGGGAGACCAGACCUUCCGACUGUACACUUCCAAUAUGCUAGAGAAAAUGGCAGAUCAACUGGAAGAAGGAUUAGAGCAAGUUAAAGAUUCGCUCAAAGUUUCAGAGACUGCAUCAGAAGAGAAAAUGCAGACUGCUCUCAGUGACUUUAUCAAUCAAAGCAGAGCUUUCAUUGCCAAUGCUGAAAAGAAGCCCAAAGGGAUGAACCAGACGGCUUUGGACAAAAAGAGACUCACGCUGUGCAAGCAAGAGCUGGAAGCAUUGUCAAAUGAUGCUCAAGGAAUUAUUCAACAGCAGAAAAAGAAAAUAUCCGUGGAUGAAAUGAUGCGUGAGACCCAGACCUUUAUAGAGAAAAUUCGAUUCCUGGUUGAUGAGCCUCAGCAUACUGUGCCCGAUGUGUUCAUCUGGAUGCUCAGCAACAACAAGAGAGUUGCCUAUGCUAGGAUCUCAGCGAAAGAUGUACUCUAUUCUCCUGUGGCUGAGCAGAGAGGCAAAACCUGUGGGAAGAUUAAAACCCAUUUCCUGAAAUUACCAGGAAAACGCCCACCAGGUUGGAACGUACAUGCAAAAGUUGACACCUACCUCUGGCUUGGUUCUGUCAAGUAUGCCCACGCCAUUAUGGAGAACUUGCCUGCUGGAUAUGAGACUGAAGUGCCCUCCACAGCUAGCACAGGGCACCAUGGUGCCGCUGACCCUGCCUAUCUGCGCUACAAAACACAGCACUUCUUCCAGCUGAGAGCUCACAUGUAUCAGGCCAGGGGGCUCAUCGCUGCAGACAGCACUGGACUUUCUGAUCCCUUUGCCAAAGUCACAUUUGUUUCACACUGCCAGACCACAAAGAUUAUUUCUCAGACAUUAUCUCCUACCUGGAAUCAGAUGCUGCUGUUCAAUAACAUUGUACUUCAUGGUGAUGGAAAGGAAAUUGCUGAAUUCCCUCCAGUGGUUGUCAUAGAGCUGUAUGAUGAUGAUGCAGUGGGUAAAUCUGAAUACAUUGGCUCUACAGUGGCUUCUCCAGUGGUAAGACUCGCUGACCAGCAGUAUGAGCCACCUAAACUGACUUAUCACCCAUUGUAUUGUGGAAAUCUCUCUGGAGGGGAUCUUCUUGCUACCUUUGAGCUACUACAGGUUCCUGAUUCUGGUCCCCAGAGCCUUCCCGCAUUAGAUCCACCUGAUGUUAACCAGAUUUAUGCAGUUCCAGCCAACAUCCGGCCAAUUUUAAGUAAAUACAGAGUGGAGGUUCUGUUCUGGGGUGUUCGUGAACUGAAGAAGGUCCAGCUUCUCUCUGUAGACCGCCCCCAAGUUCUCAUUGAAUGUGCAGGGAAAGCCGCUAAAUCGUGCGUCAUCCAGAGCUACAAGAAAAACCCCAACUUCAACGUCCAAGCAGAUUGGUUUGAAGUGGAAUUACCUGAAAAUGAACUUUUGCACCCGCCCCUUAGUAUCUGUGUCGUGGACUGGAGAGCCUUUGGUCGCAGCACGCUUGUUGGAACGCACACCAUCAACUGCCUGAAGCAGUUUCUAUAUAAGCCUAAGGAGCUUCCUGAAGCUACAGCAAAGGCAGUGGAAGUUGUAGAAACCGGCAGAGCAUCACCGGAGUCAUCAAAGCUACUUGAAUCACGCCAAGAACAGCCGCCCCCAACAGAUCAUAUAUAUGUUGAUGUGGAGCAUGAUACUGCUGCAGUAGGAAUGCCAGAACCAGUUCCAGCACAAUCUCCUUCUCCAGCAACUGUAUCUGCUACCUCUUCAUUGACUCCACCUGCUCCUAAAUCUUCAUUGUCCUCGUCUCAGCAAACAAAAGAUGGAAAACAAAAGGACUUAAGGAAAUAUUCUGGACGAUCUACCAAGAGAAAAAAGAGAACUCUAGUGGAUGAAUCUGCUGAAAAUGUUAUUGACUGGUGGUCAAAGUACUUUGCGUCUGUGCUGAAAAUGCAAAAGGCAAAGGGAAUCUAUCCCAGUGAUGGAAAACCCAACAAGACUAAGCAGACUUCUGACCAUGUAACAUUAAACACUGAAGAGACACCAGAAAAAAAGAAGAAAAAUAAGUUACUCCAAAAGAAACUAAAGGAAGAAGCCCCAAAUCUGGCAACUUUGCAGAUCUACGAUGGAGACCUAGAGAGUGAAUUUAAUAACUUUGAAGACUGGGUGAAGACCUUUGAACUCUUAAGAGGCAAAUCCAGUGACGAAGACCAUGGUGACCACGAGGACAGAAUAAUAGGAAAAUUUAAGGGCUCUUUCUGCAUCUACAAAAGUCCUGAAGAUUCCAGCUUGAUGGACGGAGGGCAGCCUAAGGUUCUGCUCGGGGUACCACUGAACCACCCCAUCAAAGUCCUGGUCAGGGUGUACAUUGUGGCAGCACUUAACCUUAGCCCAGCUGAUCCAGAUGGCAAAUCAGAUCCAUACAUUGUGCUGAGACUAGGCAAAACUGAAAUUAAAGACCGUGAAAACUACAUCCCCAAACAGCUAAAUCCAAUUUUUGGGAGGUCUUUUGAAAUACAGGCCACUUUCCCAAAGGAUUCCCUGCUCUCCAUCCUGAUCUAUGACCAUGACUUGAUUGGAACAGAUGACCUCAUCGGAGAAACAAAAAUUGAUCUGGAAAAUCGUUUCUACAGCAGGCACCGAGCUACCUGUGGGCUCCAGAGUCAAUAUGAAAUAGAAGGGUACAAUGCCUGGAGAGAUGCAACCAAACCCACUGAAAUCCUCACCAAGUUGUGCAGGGACAACAAACUGAGAGGGCCCUACAUGCAACGAGGACAGAUACAAGUAGGAACCAAAAUCUUUAAGGGGCAAACGCUCUUCAGUGAGGACGAGAAUGAAGAGCCAGUGGAAUCAUAUGAACACCUUGCCUUAAAAGUUUUACACUCCUGGGAAGAAAUCCCUGAGGUUGGAUGCAAGCUGGUUCCAGAGCACAUUGAAACCAGGCCCCUCUAUCACAAGGAUAAACCGGGCAUGGAGCAGGGUCGUGUGCAGAUGUGGGUGGACAUGUUUCCCAAAGACAUGCCUCUACCAGGACCUCCUGUUGAUAUUUCCCCAAGAAAACCCAAAGGUUAUGAAUUAAGAAUAAUAAUCUGGAAUACAGAAGAUGUCGUUUUAGAGGAUGAGAAUAUCUUCACGGGACAAAAAUCAAGUGAUAUCUAUGUUAAAGGCUGGUUAAAAGGCCUGGAAGAUGACAAGCAGGAGACAGAUGUGCAUUACAACUCCUUGACUGGAGAAGGGAACUUCAACUGGCGGUUUGUGUACCCAUUCCACUACCUCCCGGCUGAGAAACAAAUGGUAGUCAGUAAAAGAGAGAACAUAUUUUCCCUGGACAAAACAGAACGCAAAAUCCCAGCAGUGCUAGUAUUACAGGUUUGGGACUUCGAAAGGCUUUCAUCAGAUGAUUUCCUUGGCUCCCUCGAAAUGAACCUGAAUGGAUUUCCUCGGGCAGCGAAGUCAGCCAAGAGCUGUGACUUAAGCAUAGCGACAGCAACAAGUGAAGAAAACACUAUCUCCAUAUUUCAGCAGAAGCGUGUCAGAGGCUGGUGGCCUUUCAUCAAAGCUGGGGAGCUCACUGGCAAGGUGGAAGCGGAGUUCCACUUAGUCACUGAAGAGGAAGCUAAGAAGAACCCUGUUGGCAAAGCUCGGAAGGAGCCUGAACCUCUGGAGAAACCCAACCGACCUGACACAUCCUUCUCCUGGUUUGUAAAUCCUUUCAAGUGCUUGUAUCAUCUCAUCUGGCGAAACUACAAGAAGUAUAUCAUCAUUGGGCUCAUUCUGCUUAUUCUGAUCAUCUUCCUGGUGCUUUUCAUCUACACGCUGCCUGGUGCAAUCAGUCGCAGGAUUGUCGUGGGAACUUAGGCGAUUACAUCUCCCGUUGUAACUAAUCACAUGCAAGUACUGCAAUUAAAACUAAAAACCUGGCUUCAGAAUUAAUGAGGCUGAAACACAUUUUGGUCCCUGUAAAGAUAAGAUGCAGCCAUUCACUUUAGCUCUUGGAACUAACUUGCAGCGUUCUAACAUUCUUCUCAUUCCUAACCAACCCUAAUGUAUAUUAGGCAUUGCCAUCGUUUUAUUGACCAUUAAAGCUCCAAUUCUGUGCCCAAAAUUAAAUAUGAAAAUGCAUUCUUGAAUAUGAUGCGGGGAUUUAUUAUAACAAGUCUCUACAUUAUCAAGCAUCAAGAGCGAAAUAUUUGUCCACAUGAAAACAAGAAAAGUUGCCUUGUUUGGUCUUUGCACCAUUUUAUAACUGAUUAUUUUAGAGUAUUUUAUGGCUUUUAUGGUAAUGUAAAUGAUUUUUUAAAAGAGAAACUGUUUGUGAAAAAAAUCGAAGCCUGAGUUCUCUCAUUCAGGGCAGAAAUCUAAAAGAGAAUUAUCAAUUUAAAAGAAAAUGAUUAUGCUGCAAAGGCACAGACUAUCACAUGCAUAUAAAUAACAGAAGGGAGAGAGAGGGAAUGAGAAGUAGACAAAGAAGGCAAAAGCAGUUUUUAGCUGCAGUUUGAAAACUGCUGGAAAGCUCAUGAAGUGGAGAUACAGCACAUUGCUAGGUGAACUGCAGGAGCGUGGGAAGGGGAAAAGGGCAGGAUGUAGGCAGGAACAAGUCACAGAGCAGUUAAAGGGCAAAGGGUGAAAACCUGGUCCCAUUUUAGUCAGUAGCAAAACUUUCAUCCUGGUCCAAACUACAGAGUGCUCCAUGGCCUGUGUCACGCUAGGUCAGACUAGAACAGAGGUGCUCAACCCCUGGUCCAUACGCCAUAUCCAGCCCACUUCUGGGCUACCAGGCUCACCAUAGGUUUGAAAAUUCAGUAGUGGGGGAAUGGUAGUAGCUAAUUACUGCUCCUCUGCUGCCCAACUUCCAGACCUGGAGAGAGCCCUGCAAGUUGGACGGUGUUGGCUCUGCAUGCUACAUGGGGCAUGCAGGGUUGAUUGGGACAACACAGGGCCAAUCAGGGCAGCACAGAGCCCCCCAGUGCGCAGGGUAGAGGUGGAGCAGAACCUAAUCCAGGCCUGUGGACUGACUCCACGUCACUCAUCCAGCCUGCAGGGCCAAAAGAUUGAGCACCACUGAACUAGAUGAUAUAAAGUUUCCUCCUAAACCUUAAACUCUAUGAAUAGGAUUCUUUUAACAGUCAUACAAUUUCCAUUGGGCUGAUAUCUGGUUAACUAUAUAAUAGACCUGGCCUUCAAGAUCUUUGCACUCCCCUGGACAAUGUAUUUAUGCCAAGAGAGUUUCAGAGCAUGCGCCUUGUUGAAGUUGUAUGGGCACAGAAUAAGGUGAUGCUGCAAAGUGCUGACUGUUGUCAACCUUAAGUGACCCGAGUCAGGGCUGAGGACAUUCCACACCUCGCUAGACCAGCGCUUCCUCACAUACACUGCAGGCUUGCACACAUUUGUGAUGCACUUCUAACUCAGCUGUUUUAUUUCCUUGUGUACAUAGUUCUGCGUUACCCUGAUGUGCAAAUUCUGUUUCUUCCAGUAAACUUUGCUAUGUCUAGGAUCAAUGAUUUAAUAAUGCUGAUAUUGUUAAGACUAAAUAAAAUUAUU